AGUUAGUUCACAUUUUGUAGUCAACCAAAACGCACGCACGUCUCGUGUCAUUUUUCGUUUUGUCGAAGUAUAUUUAUCCAACACCAGCUACAACACCUAAAAAAAACCAUUCAAUUUAUUUCGAAACGAUAUUUUAUUUAUAUUCCUGCGGAUCUAAUGAAAAAUAACGCAUUAUUAUCAUUUGAAAAGAAAACUGUGCAUGUCUGAAAGUGUUCAAAGCCAACAAUAAUAUUCUUAUGAUGAUUUUUUGAACGUCGAUGAACUAUCAAAAGUGAGUGUAUUUGGAGACACAUUACAAAAAAUCGAGUGGCUGAACAUUGCUUCGAAUUGAUGAAAAUUCAUUGGAAAUAAGUGAAGUUUGAACAAUCAUAAUUGAAGAAUGAACUGUCCAAAAAAUGAAAAAGUUACAUAAGGAAAAUCUUUCAAGUGAUAUUGGUGAUAUUCUAUGAAAUAACUUACAAACGAAAUGAAUUACCAAUUCUAAAAGUCACAGCGAAAUGAGUUUUGAAACCAAUCGAAUAGUGUCAUACAUUUUUACUUCAGCAUAAAGGGAUUAAGGAAUGAAUUAAAGCUGAGUCUCCGCUGAAAACAGUUCAAUUUAAGCAAUAUUUAUGCACAACCAGACACACACGCACAAACAGACACACUUUCAGACCACUUCUUUUGUGAACAUCAGUGAGAUCGAGGUUUUCUCCAAUUAAGUUUUCUGCUAUUUGUAUUCUGUAGUCUUUACUUUGGAUUCAAUGCAUCAGAUUACUGACAACGUCCAGAAUAAAUGAUAAAGAUAACAUCCGAACACCGGACCACUUGAAUCAUUAUGGAAAUAUUAAUGACAAAAAUAUCAAAGAUGCUAGUUCACGUGUUGAUUAUCGUAGCCAUCCUGGGAGCACAAGUGCAAGGACUGGCCAAUUGUCCGCAGGGCUGUAAAUGUGAUGACCGAACGCUGGUCGUCAACUGUGGCGAAGGACAGCUUGAUGUAUUGCCAAUCGCAUUAAAUCCGUCAAUACAACGUUUAGUAAUAAAAAAUAACAAAAUCAAGACCAUCGAUUCAUCCAUCCAAUUUUAUGCUGAGCUCAUUUAUUUGGAUUUGAGCAUAAAUCAUCUAUUCAACAUUCCGGGCCGGACAUUUUAUUAUCAAAAGAAAUUAGAAGAAUUACAUUUGAAUCACAACAAAAUUAGUUCCAUCACCAAUCGAACAUUUGUUGGCCUCAAUUCAUUGACGGUAUUGAAUUUAAGAGGCAAUUUUUUGGACACAAUCGAACGCGGAACCUUUUCGGCGCUACAAAAAUUGGAAGAAUUGAAUUUGGGCCAAAAUCGCAUAUCACGCAUUGACAUUGGAGCUUUCGACGGUUUGCCCAAUUUGCGCGUUCUCGUCCUUGAUGAUAAUCAGUUAUCGGCUGUUCCAUCCGAAGCGCUAGCACCGUUAACCAAUUUGGCCGAAUUAUUCUUGGGCAUCAAUUCAUUCCGCACCAUACCGACUGGUGCAUUCCAAAUGCUUACUCGUUUAACUAGUUUGGAUUUGAAUGGAGCAGCUCUAUUGAAUAUUUCAUUGGGCGCUUUCCACGGACUCGAAAAUUCACUACGCCAAUUGCAAUUGUCCGAUAAUCGUUUGCAACGAAUUCCAACCAUUCAUAUGAGCGAAUUGUCACGAUUGGAAGACCUAUCGUUGGGACAAAAUGACUUUGAAAUCAUUCCAGAGGGUGCAUUUGUCGGAUUGAAAAACUUACGUCGUUUGGAAAUCAGCGGAUCGAUGCAUUUGAGAAAAAUUCAAGCCGGCGCAUUUGCGACCAACACAAAUUUAGAGUCGAUCAGAAUAGCCUCGAAUAAAAUGCUAACAGACGUGCAGGAAGGAGCAUUGAGUGGGUUACCACACUUGAAACAUGUUAUAUUACGUGACAAUGCAUUGACAACGCUCGACGAAGGUCUGUUCCCAUGGAGUGAGCUGCUCACAUUCGAUUUAUCGGAAAAUCCAAUUGUUUGCGAUUGUCGGGUCUUGUGGUUGCGAAAUUUGCUUAUUAUGAAAAACUCUAGUCAAUUGCCAAACGAUCAGCAAGACAACACAAUAUUUUGUCACGCUCCCGAGCGCCUCCGUGCCGAGCCCUUGGUUGCAAUCUCACCGUCCCUAUUGGGAUGUUCGCAUUCAACAUCGCGACGCCAAGCAAUGUUUGGAACUUUCUUAGUUGGAGUAGCAGCAACUAUUACAUCACUUGCUUUGCUCUUGUACCGGUAUCGUCGACAAAUACGAGCAAUUCUCAAGGGCCGUUGUACGGAUUCAAGUCCACUCGGUCCAAAAGAGCGUGAAUAUCAAAAGAGCUACUACGACGAAGAUUCAUUUUUAUCACGUCAUACGUACGCACAAGCAACUAAUCAGCAUCCGUGCAAUUUGGCUGCACACCCAACCACAUUGAACCAUUACUACUACACACCAAUUCAUCGUCCAUGUCCACCUAUUACGGAAUUAUGACAAUCAAUUGCUCCUCCAUUGCCACCAAGAGGACCUCAAAUGCAUCUGUUCAGUAGCAGUAAUACGAGUAAUGCAAGCAAUAGCAGCGUUAUUAAUAGCGACUAUGGAUGCGGCAGUGGCAAUAGUGGAGCACAAAAUGACAUCUCAGCCAACAGCACAUCAUCGACCACGUUCCUUCACCAAGAUCAACUCAGUACUCAUUCCUUUGGUUUCAAGAGCUUGCGUCGACAAUAAGUCAAGAAUUACAAACGAAGCGCCCCAGCAAUCGACGGAAAAAACGACCAAUUUUAACGUCCUCGUGUAAAUAAUGAAAUGUAAAUAAUGUUUUAUAUCGGAAGUGAUCUGAACACUACGUGAAAAAUGACUGCAGUAUAUGGCCAAUGAAGCGAAACAACCAACAAUACACUAAGAAACAGAAAAUCCAAAGUUAACAAUCGAUUUUGCAAGCAUGAAUAUUAUCACGGCUAGCUGUCGACACACAACAUUUAAUUUAAGAUUUUUUAAAUUCCGUUCGACAAGAGAGCCAUCAAUGACCUCUAUUGAGCUGUUUGCAAAGCUCAUAUGCCCUGGUCACAAACAAAGUUUAGUGUGUAAUCAAAACAAGUUAUUUAAUUCGUAUGUGCGAUCAAUUAAAAGGAAUCAUUUACCCAAAUUUAUCCCAGUUUAUCACACAAUGUAUUGCUUAUCAAUUUCACUAAUUUAAUUGGAUAUUGUCAUACAUAAUAGAAUAUAGAGAUACGAAUGAAAAUUGAAAAUAAAGUCCAAGCACUGAUCAAUUUAAAUUUAACUAAAGCUUAGUUUACAGUUCGGCAAUGAACAAAUUUCACGGCAUUAACAAACAAAUAAAUUGUAAAUGAAUCGCAAUGCAUGAUUUCGUCAGAAAUUUUUAGCAUUUUGAAGAGAAAAAAAAAUGUAUAUCCAAUGAUGCAUUGGUUCAGUAACAAUAGUUUGAAUGUUCUUCAUCACCAGAAAGUUUGUUGUUUGUCUUGAAAAUCUUAAUUAACUAGAAAUUAUGUAGAUUACGAAAAACAUUUAAUUUUUUGAUAUCGAGGUUAUUGGAUCCGUUACUGAACCAAAUGCUGUUAUGAAAUUAAAAGAAAAUCUUCGCUGAAGUGUAAACUAGGCUAAGGCUGUAAAGGAUUUUUUUCCCAAUUAAUAUGACUUUUUCAUAUUAGCCACUUAUACAUAGAAGUUUUAGUAAAAAAAAUAUAAAGAGAUAAGCAAAAUGACAAACGGCCAGAGAUAUAAUGAGUAAAUUGAUGUUUUCUCUGAUUUCAAUUUUUAAUUUCAUUUUCAUGCGUAGAAAAUUGUAAUUAAAAUGAAUAUGUACGUACUAUGUACGAAUAAAACUGAACAAACUAUUUGUUGGCAGUGUACAUUUUAAUCAUAUUUAAUUAACUUAGUUUCGAAACAAAUAUAUUUAAACAAUUCACUGUAAAAAAUUUAAUAAUUAAAAUAAUAUAUCAAAUCUA